GUUACUGUCAAGUUACAUGUUAUAUUUUUUUUGAUAGAGGCCUUGGGUGUGGAGGUAUAGAUGAUGGGAAAAUUAGGAGAAAUAGAAGAUGAGAUGAGAUGUGAAGAACUGUAGUCCUGGAGAUGUCGGGUUGUUGGGGUGACUCACGCGGCCUUCGUGCGCCCCCAUCUUUGGAAGGUGAGACGUCGCUUGACUACCGAGAUAUCUACCCUUCACAGACAUGGACAUCUCAAAGCCAGUUGACGAGAGUUUUGUCAAAGCACUGCCAAAGAUCGAGCUCCACGCUCAUCUCAGCGGCAGCAUCAGUCGUCAAUGUCUGCACGAGUUAUGGAAGCAGAAGAAGGCAGAGAACCCUGACUUCGAUGUGGAAGACCCCUUAGUUCUCAUGCCUCUGGGAAAGGUGGAUUAUGACCUGGAGACCUUCUUCUCAACCUUCUCCAAGUUGACCUAUCAGAUCUGCAAUGACCUGAAGAGCCUAGUAUACGCCACCAACUCAGUGCUCCAAGACUUCCUAGACGAUGGAGUCGUGUAUCUCGAGCUGCGAACCAUCCCACGGGCGUCCCCGGGUAUAACCCGAGAUGAAUACCUCAACACAGUCCUAACAACAAUCGAAAAUUUCAGAACCAAAACCACGCAAAUGUCCGUGUCUCUAAUCCUAGCCAUAGACCGUGGCAGCAUGGAUGCAGCCGAAGCAGACAAGAUCGUCGAUCUUGCAAUCGCAAACAAGCCGCGCGGGGUCGUCGGCGUGGACAUAUGCGGCAACCCAACAAAAGGCGACGUCAGCGCCUACAGGGAUGCUUUCUCGCGAGCGAAAUCCAACGGGUUGGGCAUCACACUGCACUUUGCCGAGACAGUCGCCUCGGCCUCGCAUGUUGAGCUGGCGACGCUGCUUUCGUUUAUGCCUGAUCGGCUCGGGCAUGUUAUCCAUGUGCCUGAUGAGUUCAAGAAGGAGAUUUCUCGGAGGAAGCUCGGUCUUGAACUGUGCAUUUCAUGCAAUGUUCAUGCGAAGAUGAUUAGUGGUGGUUAUUUGGAUCAUCAUUUUGGGUACUGGCGGCAUGAGGACUGCCCGAUCGCGUUGUGUACCGAUGAUGUGGGCUUUUUCUGUAGCCCUGUCUCGAAUGAGUACCUUCUAGCCGCGCAGCAUUUUGGCUUGAACCGUGAGAUCCUCCUGCGGAUCUGUUACAAGGCCACAGAGGCCAUUUUCGGCAGCGAAGCUGAGAAAGAAAGAAUUGUUCUGAUGUUGGAUUUGUUUAAGGUGGGUAUGAGUAGGUCGUGACAUACAGAAGUCUGUUCGAGUGUUAUAUAUACCUACCUGUGAGUGGCCUGAAGGCGUAUUAUUAGUUGGCUACUGUUUUCCAUCAAGAUAUAUCAUAUCGCAUUGCAUCUCUAUACCACACCGAAAUGAAUUAAAUGUUGCACCACAGAGUCAUGAAUGCCUAAGAUACAAAAGGGGUCAUAAUUGUGUAUAUAGUGC